CAAAGACCGGCCAUCGACGAGAGCUGCUGGGUGUCGGCAGUGUGGGGGAUCGAUAACGAUAGCGCGCGACACCCGAUGCGGUAAUCUCGAGAACGCUGACCCUCCUCCAACAGCAGCAUUCAUCCCCAUCAUCACGAUGCAAAUCAAAGCAAACUUCAUCUCUCGCCCUCAGCAAACACCUUCUCCUCCUCUUCCCCGCUCUGAAGUCACCCCUGACACAGACUCAGACUCCUCCUCCGACGAUGACCUCCCCCCCUAUGCCUCCCCCUUCCUCAAAUUCAUCAAUGCCGCCCCAACAGUUUACCACGCCGUCGACUUCUUCGCCUCCGAGCUCACUCGUGCAGGGUACUCCCGUCUCCUUGAAAAGGAUGAUUGGUCAUCCACGCUCAAGCCCGGUGGAAAGUACUUUGUCACCAGGAACCAGAGUUCGUUGAUUGCGUUUGGGGUUGGGGAUGAGUAUAAGGCUGGUGAGGGCGGGGUUGCGUUUAUUGGGAGUCAUAUAGAUGCGUUGGCGUUGAAGGUCAAGCCUGUCAGCAAUCUACCCACGAAGUCCGGAUAUCUUCAAUUGGGUGUAGCACCUUAUGCGGGAGCCAUGAACUCUACUUGGUGGGAUCGUGAUCUCGGACUUGCCGGGCGGGUUAUGCUCAAGCAGGAAGACGGGUCAGUGAAGCAUACACUCGUUCGCUUGCCGCGACCAAUUGGUCGUAUCCCGACUUUGGCCCCUCAUUUUGGUGCCCCGAGUCAAGGCCCGUUCGAUAAGGAGACUCGUAUGACACCUAUCGUCGGGUUAGAGAAGGAAGUGGCCCACAGUCUCGAGGAUAGAGUCGAUGGGAUGAAGGUGACGAGCAGCGGCAUCCCCGUCAACGACGCUCAGAAGAACCACCAUCCCCGUUUGUUGAAAGCGUUGGCCAAGGAACUCAAGCGUGAUGUAAGCGACAUCGUCGACUUUGACCUCGAAAUGUUCGACACCCACGCCGCCCAACCCUUCGGCCUCGACUCCGAAUUCCUCUCCACCCCCCGCUGCGACGACAAACUCUGUUCCUACGCCGCGAUCCAAGGUCUCAUUAACGCAACGAAGGAUGGUGCUUUGAAGGGGUGUGGGAUUGUAAGGUUGGUGGGAUUGUUUGAUGACGAGGAGGUUGGAAGUCGGUUGAGGCAGGGUGCGGCGAGUAACUUUUUGCCGGGGGUUGUGGAGAGGGUUGUUGGUACUUUGAAGGAGAACGGUGAGGAUGUUGCGAACUUGAUGCACCGGACAUGGGCAAAGUCGUUCUUCAUCAGUGCGGACGUGAUUCACGCCGUCAACCCAAACUUCGAAGACGCCUACGAACCCCACCACUCCCCCCGCCUCAACACCGGCCCCGUCAUCUCCUGCGACCCAAACGGGCACAUGACAACCGACGCCCCCUCCAAAUACCUCGUCUCCCUCAUCGCAUCCCGUACCUCCCCUCCAACAACCCUCCAACUCUUCCAAAUUCGAAACGGGCAACCAAGUGGUGGGACGAUUGGCCCGAUGUUGAGUACGAUGACGGGGGUCAUGAGUGUGGAUAUGGGGUUACCGCAAUUGAGUAUGCAUUCCAUUCGGGCUACGACGGGAGCUGAGGAUGUUGGGCUGGGGGUUGUGUUUUUUGAGGGUUUCUUCAGGGAGUAUGAGGAGGUUGGGAAGAUGGUUGUCGUUGACUGAAAACCUAAAUCGUGGCGUGGGGGAUUAACUGUGGGUGUGGAUUGGAGGACAUAUGGGAUGGUGAUGGGUGAUGGAUGAUUAAUGGGUAAUGACAGUUAUAGCGGGAGACAUUGCAUUCGUAUCAUAGGUAGCUAUCGAAGCAGCC